GGUGCACGUGGUUUCAGAAAAACUGCUUCAUUUCUCGUAUUCGGUAGUAACAUACAAUUUUCAACCGGACAGUGACUCGAGAACGUUUAGAUACAGUCGAAUUUCCACCAAAGAUGAGCCGCUGUAUAAGUAUAAAAGAGGGUGAAUAAUGUGGGAAAUAAUAAUAAUAAUAAUGACAAUAAUAGUAACAAUAAUAAUAGUAUUAAUAAUGACAAUAAUUGUAAUCAUAAUAAUUUGAAUCAAUUGAUUGUACUUCGAAGUGAGAAAAAUAAUUUCCAUAGACAUAAAGAGUUCAUCAUUUGUGUGUGGGCUGUGAUACUGCCCGGGUGCCCAGACCGAAGCAGGUGGUUAUCUUAGGGGGCCACACCCCGAGCCUUUGACCUAAAGGUCUAACCCACAAGGCAGUGGAGCAUCGUAAGGAGAUGCAGUCUCAUGGUAGCCGGUGACCAACGAUUGGUUCAUACGCCAUUUGUUCCCGCAGGAUACUGGAGCCCAUGUGCACCAUUGGUUUGGAAUCCGGUUAAAGCGCCGAAUAUUCGCUUUUCGUCCUCUCAUUUUCGUAAACAACAACCCCGCCACCAAAAAGGCAAUGAAUAGGGAUUCCCUGGCAGAGGCUGUAUACGCGUGGCCGUGUGAGAGUAUUUCGACAGAGAGAGCGGACUCUCCCCAUUCUCGGCCGUACCAGGGCAUUCAGGUGGCACUUGUGAAAACAUCACGCGCGAUUUUCAACGAGUGAGGGCUAUCGACCAUCUACGGGAAUUAUAAUUCAGAGUAUGUGUAAUCGGAUGAUAGUGGUUGUUGAUUGAACUGCUCAUUCAGUUGAUAGCGGACACGUGUAACGAGUGGAAGCUAAUGAAGUAAGUGAUUUUAAUUUUAGUUCUGUUUUGUGUUUAACUAAAUUUUAUGGUGUAGAUAAUUGUGAACUUGAGACAGGUAGUCGCAAUUUGGACACCAAUGAUUCCCUGAAUAAUGAUGACUCUGUAGAUAAAUGCUGAUUUCAGAUAAGAGGAGAAAGCGAGAAUGAGAAUUUUGAACAAUUGAGAGGAUCUGACAAUUACAAUGAACUAAGAGCACAUUAUAGACACGUGGACAGAUAAACAGUCUGUGUCAGUUGUUGCAAUGGAACAAUAUAAAUACUGUACAGUUAAAUGUUUUGUGUUGUCUUUUAAUCUGUCAUAAUUAUCCAAUACAGUUUUGUUGUGACUAAUUAGAAUUGUACUUCUUGAUUGGGUGUUAACACCAUCCACUAGCAACAUCAAUCAAAGGCUUCCAGCUAAUAGUGGAUGUACUGAAGUGAACUUGUGCUCUACAAAGUUCGUGAAUCGCAAAGAACAGAUGAACGACUUUAUGAUGUAUCUAAUGUCAAAUACAUCUCUGAGCAUAAAAGAUGCUGAUCGGGUUCUGUAUGGUCUAAGAUUUCUUAUCCCGGACAUACCGAAAAGCAUCAGAGGCGUUCUGAAGACAUGUCCCAGUGUUCAACCCAAGUUCAUCGGCAGUGGGGUUUACUACCAUCUAGGAUUGAAAACCAAUCUGCUAAGAUACGUUGAGCUUUGGUUGUGUACUAUUGAUUUUGACUCUUUAAAGUUAUAUGUCAAUAUAGAUGGACUUUCUAUGUCUAGAAGCUCCAAUCAACAGUUAUGGCCUAUACUUGGACGGAUCAUUGCCCCUCGGCUUAGUGACGUGUUCAUGAUAGGGAUCUACGGAGGGAAUAGUAAGCCGGCAGAAUUCAACGAAUUUUCUGCGGACACAAUUUCUGAAAUAAAAGAAAUGACUGACCCCACUAACAAGAAAUACGUUAUUGUUGACGUCCUACAGAAAAAACAACUUAUGAUAGCAUCAAAGGACUGGAUAGUUGGCAAUGACCUUUGCCUUCUUCCGAACGAGCUGGUCGAAAUACACCUGCAGAAGUGCGACCAACCGAAUGAAAAUUGGACGCUUAUGAAAUGUAAAGUGAUUCACGAAUUAGAUUCUCUGCAGUCGGCAAAAGACCUGUUAGUUGCCCUACAGGUACUGGAAUGUCAACGGAAAAACACCUCUACGGAUGAAAACACUUUGCCACUGAACACUGAGAAGCCGAAGAGGUCUGUACAAUAUCACCAUCCACAUCGCAAUGUAACCCUGUUGGUGGCGCUGUAUUGGACCAAUUGUAUACUGUGGUGCUGAAGAUGUCGUCAGCUAUCAAUGACUUGACUAAAACGAUUAACAACAUGUCGUCCGCCAUUAUGGACUUGAAUGUUAAUGUUAACCAAUUGCUUUCAAAGUCUAAUGAGCGCGAAAGACUGCAUCAAUUCGAUUGCGGACUGUCAAGUCAGCAGUUCCCUUUGUCAUCUGAAGAGGAACUACAGAUGCUAGAUACUGGUUUGUCGCAGAAAGAAACCAGGGACAGAUUUAUGGCAAUGGUCACUAGGUUAUCAGGUGACGAUCCAAAAACGUCCAUGCGUUUUGUUCUGUCGCAUCUGCUGACACCGGAGGUUGCCAGUAAAUUCACGUUACUUGGCACCUCUUCAAAACGAGCACUACAGAAAUGCACGUUUUACAGCUGCAUACGAAGUGCCUUAACUCAUCGCUUUUUGUCAUCCUCUGUCAACGAGAAAGACCUUGGUAAGCUGUACGACAUAGCGACACAAGGUUACUUUCACGACAUCCGAGACAAGAUGAUUAAACGAAAUAGAAGAAAAGAAAAUCCGGUAUGUACUAAUUUAAAGUGAUAACUUCUCUACGGCUCUAUAGUUACAGUCAACAAUACUAACGAACAUAACCGUAAGUUCAGCUUCAAGUAUUUAGCUGUGCAAAAGCAUGUCAUUGAGAUAUGGUUGUGACUUUUUUUGUUCGUUUUUUUUAUUUCAGAAUUCACAGGAGGACUACCUCAAUUCUGAAUAGUCCAUGCAAUUUUUUUGUUGUUCUACCUCGAUUUCAAUAAACAUUAUUCUUUCAAACAGCUUACUCUUUUACUUACAUGGGAAACUGUUGAAGUGUUGAGAAUGUGUGUCUGAGUUUCAGUGAACUUUUGAUUAAAUGCACAUUCCCUAUGAAUAAAAUAUAACCUGUUCCUUGUUUUUCAGAUAAUUACAAAUAACAAUGAAUUAGCAAUUGCAUUGGAUAUGCAUAACAAUCGAUGCUUAAGCAUCGAUUGUGCUCUACUGUUGUACAAUAAUACGCUUUUCUUUUUAAAUAAAAUUUUUAAAA